AUGAGUUGUAAUAUAAAGAAGCGCUCGUGUGAUAUGAACAAAUCUGAGGGAGAUGAAAAAUAUUGUAGUAAGACAAAAAACAAAUCUGUUUGUAGAUACAUAUCAAAUGAAGGAAAUAAUAAUAUGUUGAAGAGAAGAAAAUGUAAUGUUGUGGGAGAGAAAGAAAAGUAUGAUGAGCAAAUAUUUAUGGAGAUAAAAAAUUUGUAUACGAAUGAUUAUAAAAAGGAUGAUAAUAUAACUAAUGAUAUGAAUACAGAAUAUAAUAAUUAUAAUGAUAUGAAUACAGAAUAUAAUAAUUAUAAUGAUAUGAAUACAGAAUAUAAUAAUUAUAAUGAUAUGAAUACAGAAUAUAAUAAUUAUAAUGAUAUGAAUAGAGAAUAUGAUAAUUAUAAUGAUAGAUUAUGUAUAUCCUUUAACGAUGUUCUAGCAUGUGAUGGGAAUAACAAAGAUGAUAACUUUUGCAGCAACAUAUUAUAUGAAGAAAUGUAUAAAAAGGAAGAUGAGAAUAAUGUUUAUACAAAUGAACAUAAUAAUUUAUGUACAAGUAAUAUAUUAUCCAAUGAAAAAAAAAAUAUUAUAUUUAAAAAAAGAACAAAGGAUAAUUUAUACGAGAAAGUAUAUUAUAAAUCUUAUAAGAAUUCUUCAAAAAAGAAUAAAAUAAGAAGAUUAUUAAAUGAGGAAUAUGUCAGAAAAUUUUCUCAUGAAACGGAUGUAUAUAACACAAAAGAUUAUUUUAUAAAUAAAGAAAAAAAAAAAAUAUAUAAUUAUUAUAGUGUUGAUAAAAUUUUUGAAAUACCAUCUGAUUAUAAAAAUAAAGAUGAGGGGUAUAACAAUAUCGAAAGUAUCAAAAGUAAUAAAUGUAAUAAAAACAAUGAAGGGAAUAUAAAUAAUACGAUAGAGAGAAAUUUAAAAAAAUGUAAAAAUGAUAUGGAAAAGGAAAAGGAUGACGUAUUUUUUUUAAAAUCUUCUGAUAAUAAUAAAUUAUGUGAAGUAUUAUUAGAUAAAGAGAAUCAUUUGGAUGAAGAGGAGAAAUGUAAAAAAGAAAAUAUAAAUGACAAUAAUUUAAACGGAAAUAUAAUAAAAUAUAUGAAUACAUCUGUGAUAGAAAAUAAAUCAAAUUUGUAUAACAAGGAAUGUAAUAUAUUUAAUAAAAAUGAUAUAAAUUUUGAUGAAUAUAAAGUAAGUAUAUAUUCUAUGGAUAAGGAUAAAAAAAAAUAUUUUACACAUAAUAAUAAUAAUAAUAAUAAUAAUAAUCAGCAUCAUAAUAAUUAUAUUAAAAGUUCCUACAACAGUAGCUCUAAAAGAAGUGGGACUAUAGAAAGUGUAGAAAAUGUUAAACAUAUAAGAGAUAUGAAGGAUAAUAUAUACGAAAAGAAGAAAAAAAUAAAAAGUAUCCAUAACAAGAUUUUACGUUUAAUAAAAGAAGAUAACAAAAAAUGUGUGCAAAAUGUAAUAAAUGAUAAUAUGUACGAAAAAAGUGAUAAGCAUAUAAAAUAUGAACAAAAUGGAGAUAAUAAAAAGAAAGAAUUAUAUAAUAAUGAUAGUAGUAUGGAUGAUAAGGAUUAUAAAAAGAAUGAAGAUGUUGUGGAAAUAAAUCAAAGGGAUAAUGGAAAUUAUGUAACAGAUACAAAAUGGAAUAAUAAAAAAAAUAAGAGUUUUAAUAUAUGUAACAAUAAUUAUGUUGACAAAAGGUGUGAAGAUAAUAUUGAUGAUGAUAAAAGGUAUUAUGAUGAUAAAAGGUAUUAUGACAACAAAAAAUGUGAUGAUAAUAAAAAGUGUGUUGACAACAAAAAAUGUGAUGAUAAUAAAAAAUGUGUUGACAACAAAAAAUGUGAUGACAACAAAAAAUGUGAUGAUAAUAAAAAGUGUGUUGACAACAAAAAAUGUGAUGACAACAAAAAAUGUGUUGACAACAAAAAAUGUGAUGACAACAAAAAAUGUGAUGAUAAUAAAAAAUGUGUUGACAACAAAAAAUGUGAUGACAACAAAAAAUGUGUUGACAACAAAAAAUGUGUUGACAACAAAAAAUGUGAUGACAACAAAAAAUGUGAUGAUAAUAAAAAGUGUGUUGACAACAAAAAAUGUGAUGACAACAAAAAAUGUGAUGAUAAUAAAAAAUGUGUUGACAACAAAAAAUGUGAUGACAACAAAAAAUGUGAUGAUAAUAAAAAGUGUGUUGACAACAAAAAAUGUGAUGACAACAAAAAAUGUGAUGAUAAUAUUGAUGAUGAACAUAUAAUACUUGAAGAAGAAAUUAAAAAACGAAAUAUAAUUAUGGAUGAACAAAUCAAAGAGUGUCCAAUUUUUAUGGAUAAAAAAAGUGAGAAGGAAAAAAUAAAAUGUUGCACAAAAAAGUAUAAAAAAGUAAAUUUAAGUCACACGUUUUUAAACAAUAUUAAGUUAAUAUAUGAAAGGAAAGAUUUAAAAGAAAAUAAGAAGAAAUAUAUAUUAAUUGUAAAUAAGAAAUGUCUAGAGAAAUAUUCUUAUUUUAAUACUAUUGUAAAUACUUAUUAUAUAGGAAAAGAAUGGAUAAGAAUGGAUAAAUAUAUAAAUUAUAAAUUAUCUAAAAUAUUAUUUUGCAAUAAUAUAAUAAAGCAGAUUAAUAAAUAUAAUUUUAAAAAGAUUCUGAAAGCUUUAGAUUUUUAUGGAUAUUCAUAUGAUACUAUUUUUUUAAAGAAUUUAUGUAAUAAGAUAAUAAUAAAUGAAUGGUUAAAAAAUGAUAUUUUUUUUGAAAACAUAUUAAAAAGUAAAAGGUUUUUAAACGUUGCAUUAUUUUAUGAUUUAAUAUAUAAUUUUUUAUAUAAAAAUAAUAUAUUUCUUAAAUAUUUUUUUAGUUUCUCUGGAGGCAGAUUUAUCAAAACAUUUAUAGAUUAUAAUAAAAAUAAAGCACUCAAAUUAAUUAAUAAAAUUAUUAAGAAUAUUAAGGAUUUAAAUCCUUGUACAAAUUCGGUAAUAGAUUUUCUAUGUGGCUUUUAUUCAAAUGACGAGAACGAGAUGAAGAAAUAUUCAAAAUCAUCCCGAAGGAAUAAUUUGUAUGCAAUCAAAAAUAAAGAUAUAAAUAUUCCAAACAAAAUAAAUGAUAGUAGAAAAAAAUCGAGUGAUACUUAUCUUUAUAUGAAGAAUAAAAAAUACAACAAAAAGAUUUUAAGAAACAUUUUAAAUAAUGUAUGGUUAAAAACAGAUAUGUUUAUAAAGGAAAGUAUAUAUUAUGGAGCAAAUUUUUCUCUUCAAAAUAAUAAUUUAAGAAAAAAGAAGAAAAAUAUACAUAAUAUAGAAAAAAUAGAAAAUUUUCUAUAUCAUAAUAGUGAUAGAACUUAUUCAAGCAUGUGUACAAAAAGCCCGAAUGAAAAAUUUUAUAAAUAUGAUAUAUAUAAAAAUAUAGACGAUGAAUAUUUAGAUGAUCAUAGUUCUAUACACGAUGAGAACGAUUUAGAACAUGUAAUAAAUAAUUUUUAUUCUUCUAACGAACUUAAUAUAAAUUUUAAUGAACAUAUGAGUGAAUCAUUUAAUCAAUGUAUAUAUAAUCAAUCAGAAAAUGUAAAUUCCGAUAAUAAUAUUCCAGAUGAUUCUGAACAAUAUGGAGAUGAUUAUAUAGGAAGCCAUGGUAAUCAUAAUAAAACAUUUCAAUCAUUUGAGGGUAUACCUAAUAUGGCUUUUGAUUUGUAUACUCAGGACAACCAAAAUAGACCACGGGGAGAUAAGUUCAUAUCAUUAUGCUUUAAAGAAGAGGAAACGUGUAACACUAACAAAUAUGUUAAAGAUAUCUCUUUUUUAGGUAUAGGGGUAAGGUCAAAGGAAAAUAAAAUAAAUGAUUUCAAUUGCUUUAAUAUUAAUUUAAAAUUAAUGAUAAGAAAUAAUUUAUUAAGUAAAAUAAAAUGUAACAUUUCGAAAAAUGGAAAAAAGAUAUCUCCGUUUUUUCCUGUAUGGCCUAAUAUCCCUGACUUUUUUGGAUAUAAAAUGUUUAAAAAUAUAAAGAAGGAUUUCAAGAGGAUGCAAAAAAAUAUUAAAUUAAAAGAGAAGCAAAACUCAUUAGAUAUUAUAAAUAAUAAAAAGAAAUAUAAGAACAUAAUAAGUGAAGUUUAUGAAAAGGUAGGAACCUUUCAAAAAAGAAAAUUUAAUGAAGAAGAAUAUACGUUGCACAAUAACAAUAAUAAUAAUAAUAAUGACAGUAGUAAUAAUAGUAGCAAUAAUAAUAAUAAUAGUAAUAAUAGUAGUAAUAUUGAAUUAUCUAAUAUAAAUAAUACCAAAUCAAUAAAUAUAGAUGAAAUAAAAUUAAAAGAUCUUCAUUAUAUAUUAAAUAUAAAAAUAUAUCCUAUAAGAACUUUGGUAUUAUAUAUAUUAUAUAAUUCAUUUUUUAAAGAUUAUAAUAAUGAGUUUAUUGAAUUCUUUUGUAAUAGUAUAAAUAAUGAAAUAAGAGAAUGGUUAUUACUUUUUUUAUUACCUAAUUUUAUACAUAAAUCUAUACAUAAAGUUACAUACCCGUUAAAAUUAACAAAAAAUAUAUUCAGUGAAUCUAGUGAAUUUUAUGAAGAUUUUUUUUCUAAUGAAUAUUUAAAAAUGAAUGAUAUAGAAAAAAUUAUCAUAUAUACAAAAAAUUGUAAUGAAGAACAUUCUGAUAUUUGUCCAUUCCUUUUUUGUUAUCUAUGGUUAAAAUCAAAUGAUUACAAAAUAGAUAAAUGGAUAAGUUCAAAAAUUAAUGAAAUAUUAUUUACAUUUCCUUAUGCAAACUUUUUAUUAAGUAAAUAUUUUUCAAACUUUUUAUUAUUCAUUCAAUUAUUUCGUACCUCUCUAGAUGUAGAUCAUAUGUAUUUGUGUAAAUCUCAUUUCUAUGUUUCUCUCAAACAUAAUAUUUCCUUUAUACACGAAUCUUUGGUUAACGUAUUAUUUUCAACAACAAUAUAUCACCCAUAA